GUUUUGUGUUUAUGUUUUGUCCGCAAAGACUAUGUUUUGGACGAAAUGCGCGCGAAUUGUGGCCAAACGGGCCAUCGCUGGCCACGUGUGGACACAAGUCAGACACAAGUGUGAUAUCAAUUCGUAUAAAUUGAGACAAUUUAUGGCCGAAAACGGUCUGAAAGGGUCACCGCAUUUGAUGAAGUCUUUUGAGACGAUUGAACACGAGUUGAAUGAACUGAAGACCAUCGACGGCUCGGCCGCCGAAGACCAGGAGAUCCGCCAAUUGGUGGCCACCGAACGCACGGAACUGACGGACCGUUUGACGCAAUGUGUGGACAGUAUUAUCGGCGACGCGAUGGCCGUCGCCGACGAUCACCUGAUCGGCGAGUGUUGUCUGGAUGUGAACUGCGGUGUCGGCGGUCAGGAGGCGAUGCUCUUCACCAAAGAGUUGUUUGACGUUUACGUCAGUCUCUGUGCGCACAAGAACUGGAACUAUUCGGUUGCGGACAACGAUUGCGAUACCGUUGCCGGCGGUUCUCGACACUCGUCGCUCAUUAUAUCGGGAACCGAUUGCUAUCGACUGUUGAGACACGAGGCGGGCGUUCAUCGGGUCCAACGGUUCCCGAAGACAGACCGGCAUAGAGUGCACACAUCGACCGCAACGGUGGCCGUUAUACCCGUCCGGCACGACGUGAUUGACAUUAAAGACAAGGAUCUGGUGUUUACGAUGACCACAUCGCAGGGCGCGGGCGGACAACACGUGAACCGUACGCUUACGUGCGUUCGCGUGAAACACUCGCCGACGGGAGUGACCACUGAGUGUCAGGAGACCCGAAGUCAGCUCCAGAACAAAGCCAUCGCCUUAACGAAACUCAAAGCGAUUAUCAAUCAAAUGGCGUACGAGAAGAAGCGCUCCGCAGACGUGACCACAAAGAGGGCGCAGAUAGGGAUCGCCGCGCGAAGCGAUAAGAUCAGGACAUAUAACUUCCCGCAGAAUCGCAUUACUGACCACCGCCUGAGCGAUGAUAUUCACGACAUCGAGUCCUUCAUGAGAGGAAAUUCAGACAAAUUGUUGUAUUUUCUCAACAAAUUAGAGGAACAGAGGCUCGCGUUUAUGAUGCAGAAGAUUAGGGAACAUUUGGAUCAGUUCUUGAGC